AAAUGUCACUUUGAUUUCAGAAUCUGUUCCUGAAUACAUUUGUGAAACUACCAUGAUACUCAUGAAACAUUCUAGAGCUCUAAGACUCCAGCAGAGAUGAAGGAGUUACCCGCAUUGCAGGAGUCUUCUGAUGCAGUCAAGUUAGGUGCAGGUCUCGAGCUGUGUCAUCAUACAGCUGAAGACUGCAGGCAGAUGGAGCAUUCCUUGCCAAGUUGUGUCAUGGAAGCUGUGAAGAUUGAGCCUCGUGAUGAGCAGCAAUCAAACUGUGACUCGGGGCUCCCAGCUGGCUUCCUUGAAGUGGAGAAAGAGGAACCUUUCUUCAUGAAAGAAGACAGUGCCACAGUUGCUGACUUCAAACCGUUGCAAAUUCCAUUCCUGGGCUUGGAUUCUCUCAAGGCCGAGCCUGUCGAGGCUGGGGGCAUCUCCAUCCAUCCCCCAGGCUCCUCCUGCAAACCAAGAACUCCCAACAAGGGCAGGAAUCUUUACCGCUGUUCAACAAAAAGCCUCUGAGACUGCCUGCUUAGCCUCUACUUCUCUGGAGGUGCACAAUUGUGGUGCUUCAAUGGCUCUUCCGCCUUCAGAAACUUCAACUUCCAAGGGCAAGAGUCAAACAAAUGAAAUGAAAAUCUCAACCACUGAACAAGAAGCUGGUGAAGCUCGCUCGCCUAACAAUGGCCGCCUUCCUCCUACUCCUGCACCAUCAGUAAAUUGUAACGUUCUCAGCUACAAUGGAACAAGAACUGUCCCUGCAACGCGGGAGGCUUCUUUUAAGGUGAAUGAGGCGCACAAUUCUGUGGAUUUCAAACGUUCUAAGCAUCUGUGCGCCAAAUUAAAAAAAUGCAGUGUACUAUUGACUCGCAUUCAUGUUUCUGAAAAUUACAAAUACGUUUGCAGUGAAGAAAACGAAAAUAAUAUUUGCUCAGAAGAAAUAGCAUUUCCAGAGCCUCUUCCUGAUCAUGGGAGCAAAGAUUCAGAGCGACCUAAAAUGCACAGUGAAAAAGUGGGCAUAAGUGGAGGACCAAAUUCAAGUAAAGAAAAUAAGAUAAACUUUUCUAAAAAUACUGAUGGUCUGCGAAGGACAUCCCUCAGUUGUUCCAAGCGUCUAAAUGCUUCUAUGAAGGAGGCAAUUUCUUCCACAACCUCCCACGUACGUCGUAACAAAGAGAAGACUCUCAAGUGUCAUGUCUGUGGCGCAGCUUUCCGCUUUAAAUGUGAUCUUGACCGACAUAUCAACGCAGUUCAUCUUAAAUUGAGGCCCUACAAGUGCUCUAAGUGCGAUUAUGCCUCCAGUCGGAUUUCUAAUUUGCAAACCCAUUUAAACACAGCGCAUGCAAAGCCGAAGAAAUUCUUUAAGUGCACAGUUUGUUACAUGAAUUUUUCCUCUCCCGCGUUGCUACAGCGCCACGUCUCUAAUUCCCAUUCUGCUGCUUCCAAUUUCCAAUUGGAUAACCAUCUCGCCGACGCCAAUUUAAUAGUGAAACCUUACAAGUGUUCUGACUGUAGCUAUGCUGCUACUGCCAAGAACGAUCUCAACCGGCACAUAAAAGCUGUACAUCUGAAGAUAAAACCACACAAAUGCGAUCUUUGUGCUUAUGCUGCCACAACUAAAACACUUCUUCGUGAUCACAUUGCAGGUGUUCAUCAGAAACUCAGGCGCUACAAAUGUCAUGAAUGUGCCUACGCUGCCGCCGUGAAGAGUAAUAUUACGCGCCAUAUGAAAGUCGUUCACUUGAAACUAAAGCCAUUCAAGUGUGAUGAGUGUGACGGUUACUUUUCUCAGAAAGGUGAUCUAAAAGUUCACAUUUCCAGAAUGCACCUAAACGACAGACUGCACUCGUGCCCGCACUGUUCCUAUUCAUUUGAGUCGAAAGCAAGACUUGCUGGGCAUAUCGCUAACGUUCACUUGAAGCUAAAGCCUCACAAGUGUCCUCAAUGUGACUUCACUUGCAGCACUAAAGGGCAUCUUAAUUCUCAUGUUAAUAGUGUUCAUUUAAAAUUGCGACCUCACAAGUGCCAGACAUGCAAGCGCGGGUUUUGCACGAAAACUAAGCUAGAACAGCACAUGAAAUCGGUGCACAUGAAUUUGAGGGAACACAAAUGUUCGCAGUGUGAUUACGCUGCAAAUUCUAGUGGGAAUCUCAAGAUACAUGUUGAUGUGGUGCAUCUGAAGAAAGAAAAGAAAUACAAGUGCGGAGUUUGUGAGUACAGCGCCACUAGCAACUCUGAUCUUAAAAGGCAUGUUGCUCGUAAACACUGAAAAUCAAGUGGCUUCCACACCAGUAUAAUUUUUGCUGGCGUAUAAUUUUUUUGCUUAUAUACGUCGUGUGCAUGAAAUUAAUUCCCUUUAUUUCUUGUUCUCUGCUGAAGGUACCCACAUCAAUUGUUAAGAAUUUGCUAUACUUGUUGUAAUCGCUAUUAUUGUAUUUUGCAUUUAGUCAUUACCUAUAUAACAUUUAGAGGGGGGCAAACCUGAGCUGGAUGGCGUCAGCAGGCAAGUGGUUCUAUUCGGAUAUGGUUGUGGGGAAAAAUGUCAUCUGGGGGUAUUGAGUCCAGCUGAAAGGAACGACAUACUGUAGAGGGUGGGACUUGCUGGUAUUCUGCAUGGAGCAGCUGACAGGGGAGGGAGAGGUGGCUAUAGGUUGUUGUGGAUCUUGUAAAGCAUGGUAAGCCUAGCACGCCUUCUUCUGUCUCGCAACGUUGGCCAUGCCAGGUCACAGAGUUCGUUGUACACACUGGAAGCCCGGAGCAAAUAAUACGAGACUCACCGCGCUGCUCUACGCUGUACUUUUUCAAGAGUGGCAAUAUCGUCUGCUGCACGAGGAUCCCACACACAACUUACGUACUUCAGUAUGGGU